GUGUUCGGCUUGGGCGUCUACGACGCCGACAGCGAGGCUUCGGCGGAGGCGAGCUUCCGGGUGGUGUUGAGCUGCGCCUCGUCGGUUGUGCACGCCCUCUGGCUCCUGGGGUCGGCGUGCCGGCGCCGCCAGGAUGGAGAAGUGUAUCUGGCGUGGUACGAGGACGACGCGGUGUGGCACGAGAGGAUGUGCUUGUGGCCGACGGUGGAGUCGAGCGUCUGGGUGAUCUUGGCGCCCGACGGCCACGCCUACGCUGAGAGCGUGGCAGGCUGCAGCGAGGGGCCAGCGCGUGCCCGCUGGCUGCGCGCUGGCUUGCUGCCGGGCGGGCUAUCGGAGGCGGUCUACCGCUUCAGGGAGUACCCCAGCACGCGGGAGCUGCGGGUGCUCUUCGGCGAGGCGCGCGAGGAGGCGAUGCUGGAAACUGCAGGUGGGGCGCUCCCCGCCGUCACUGUCUACGUCAGCCCCAGCGGUCGCGAGAGGCCGGUCGAGUCGCUGCUAGACGUGGCUGAGGAUCCAGCGGGCGGUGCGGACGGCGGUGGCGCUGGAGCUGUGGCCGCGGGCCUGCUGGCUGGCGUCGCGCAUGUCACCGCGCCGGCGCCGCCCCACGAAGGGAAGAGUUGGGUGGUGGUGCAUCUCUCGGUCGGCUGGGAGCGCGUCGGCGAGUCGGUGGAGGUCGGCGACGGUGACCUGAUGCUGGCUGGCUCCGGCGAUCUGCACGAGGCGCUUGUCAGUGAAGGCAGUGGAUGGACGAAGGUGCUUGCCCUCAGCGAGCACGAGCGGGAAGCUUUCCGCGAGCGCUCGCGGAGGUUGGCCCCGACAGCGCCCGCCCCCGACGGUGCAGUCGGUGAGGCCGAGGCCGCUGCGGGCGCCAGCGCGCCGCGUCCCGAGGGCGGCCUUGACGCCCUGGCUGCUCGGCUCAGUGCUGGUGAUCGCGGCGGCGGCGGCUCAGGAGGCGAGGGCGACGUGCGGACGCCGGCGGUCGACUUCGACGCGCAGGGGAAGCGGUCCGAGGCUUGGUGCGAGGUGGUCGCGGAGAUGACGCGUCACGGCUUCGCGGACUGGCUGCUGGAUGCCAUCGUCGGCGCCCGCGACGCCGAUCCCAGCGAGCUCAGCUUUGAGAGCGCGAAGUACUUCUCAGGGCUCAAGAGCUCGUCGGAUGCGGCGUCACCUAACUUGAAGAGUUUCGCGGCCAGGAAGGCCAAAGAGGAGGCCGAGGUUGAG